CCGGAGCUCCUGCCCCGCCGCCCGACCUCGGCGCCGGGGUCUCCUUCCGCCUCCACCGGGGCCCACGGCCGCUGGAUGCGGGAGGCUCGCCGGCUCCGGGCUGGGAGCAAAGACCAGUGAGGACCUCCUGUUCUUCCAGUAAGUGCUCCACCUCUGUCUGAAGAACCACACUAUCAAGAUUGCUGAAGAAAUACCCAGUGUAACAGUAGCAGUCUGAAAUCUUUACCUUGGAUGCAAAAGCCUCUUGUCUCAUCUAAGAUUCCUGCAUCACUUGUUUUGGUUUUACCAGAAGAAAAAGAAACCAAGAGAAGAUGGACUGGAAUGUAGGACCAGUCCAGAAUGCUAAUGCAAAUAUGAACCUCCAAAGUGAAGGAGCGUGUCGCACUCAGUUGCUUUCUAAUGGACAUGCCUUUCCUCAGGCAAAUGCCAGCUCCUCUAAAAAUGCUUGCACUUAUGCUGAAAAUAACCAAAUCAUGUAUCUGCCAACUAUCAAUGUUACCUUCCCUCUUGUGAAUGCUGAAGGAUUCAAAACGUCUGAUCAGACCUUACCAGGAGCAUCUGUAACUGGUAAUAAUUUUUUUAUGUCAAAAUACUCAGUUAAACAACAUCCACAGAUGUACGUAACAGCUCAGAAACCUCCCAUUCAGCAGCCACCUUCUCAGACAGAGAUGACUCAGACUUCUUGGCCAGUCUCUAAUCCCUACAGUUAUUCCUGUAGAAAUGUACCUCCCCUGUCUUCUCCAAUGAAUGCUGGAAAUAACGUGAGGAGUGUACAUCAGGGACCUCAGUAUGCCGCUACAAACACUUACACUGCACAGCCACAAAUACUGCAGCAAAAUUCUUCGAGACUUGCAGCAUUAUAUCAAAGUAGCACUCAUUCCCAGAAUAAUUCUCUGUCUUUUGGUACAUCAGGGCAACAAGUCCAAAACCAAAUAUUUCAGUCCAGUGCUCAAUGCAAGGGUUCAUACUUAGUGAAUCAAAAUACUGAAACAAAUGUACAGCUUCCACAGUUUCAGCCAAGUCAGAUGGAAUCACAAGCUCCUAGAGGAUGUUCUGCACCAUCUUUGUUGCCUGCCAACUGUGUUUCAAGAGCUGCUGCACAAUCUUCAAUAGGUGUACCACAGGAAGUACAAAACAUGCCUAAUGGAUACACCCUUAGCCAACAGAGGAGCCCACUGGAUCAAAAAAAUUCUUCUGGUUUUAACAGCAUCCAGCCACACUGCCAGAAGCAGCUAUCUGGAGAAGUCAGUCAAUCAGUUAGGAGUUUCUGUAAUUCAAGUGGAAGUGUGACAGCAAAUGGGUCUUUUAGUGAAAUGACUGUGCCAUCCCCUAGCAUUCCUGACGACCCGUUUGAUAUUAUGAAAGAAAUAGAAGCUCUUUCUUCAAAGCCACCAAGUGAUCCUCCUUCAGUUCAAGAAAGCCAGACCAGUAGUUUAAUGAAUGGGCCUGUUAAUUCUCAACUUUAUUCAGCAGCAGUAGAUGAAAGAAAAAUUGUAAAGGACAGACUAGCUUGGGAAGCUGAGAGACUGUACAGUAUUAAAAAAAAAUGUGCCCUGCUUGAAAGGUAUUUUAAAAGAAAAGUCUUAGCAGCUUCAAAGUAUGACAAAAGCAUUCUCCCUCCUCCUCCCAGUUAUCACUCUACUGCUGCUAAUUGUCUUCCAUGGGUGCCUAAACAAAAUAUACCACCUUCCUCAACUCAAACAGUGAUGACAGAGAUUUCACAUGAAGAAAGAAAAGACAAAAAUCCAGCCAAUGCUGAUAACAGAAUGUUAGAGGGGCCUCAGAGUAACCCCCAGGUGUCGCAGGGAAGCCUUCCAUCAAGCUUAGCUCCUAUUCCCUCUCAAAGCAAACUCGCAGCUCAAUUAAAUAAUCCUGAGAGUGUUCCCACCUUGGAACAACAGGGUGUGCAUGCCUUGGCCUCUUCUCAAGAAACUGCGGUUUCCUUGAACAGUGCUUCAUGUUUUAGUCAAGCAGGUAGCUCCAUCAAAAUUGCUUCAAAGAGUGUGCAAAUUAGCCCUGAGAACUCAUCGUUUUUUCAGUUUGUAUUAAGCAGCACAAAUGUAUUGAAAGAGAAGACAGCUGGCGCUACUGCUGAUAAAAUACUGACUAGUCUCCUGUGUAAUGAAAAACAAAUGCUAGAUACAUCUGUCUCAGGUGAAAGCUUGCAAAAAGAGACUAGUGAGAGGAAUGCAGAAAGAUCAAAAGGUGAGCAGGCAUCUGCGGUUCACACAAACUCUCCUGUGUCGCAAACAACUAAAUCUGAUGAAGCUAAAUUCCAGAAUGAGGUAGCUCAGAAAAAAAUGCCAUUUACUGAAAAUACAUCCUGUAAACAGAUCAACUGUACUUACUCUAUGGAAGAGCUAACUGCAUGCCUGAGCUUGUGGCGGAAGCAUUCAUCAGAAUCUGUAAAUUUGCAAAAUAAACAGUCAAGUGAAAGCCCCACGGCAAAUCAGAUUUCGCCCUCCAGCCAAAACACAAAAAAGAGAGAACAAAAUAAUGUUCUGGUUAGUAUGGAUGAAGCAGUUUUGCCUGUAACAACUACCUCUGUAGGACAAAAACUUGAUACACUGACUUCCAAUUUGAUAAAAAAUGUUGAACCUCAGGUUGCAGUUGUCUCUCCUUUAGUACUUUCUGAACAGAGAACACAGAGUGAACAAGCAGACAAAAUCCCAACAUCUGAAGAUAAAACCUAUCCAGUGAUUGAUUUGGAGAGCUCAUGUAGCUUGCAAGAAGCGGGGGAAAAUGGUUUAAAUGUGGCAAAUACUGACAAAAGAGCAGUAGAAAAUGCUUGGUCAUCGCCCAGUGAUUGCGUUCUGGAACAGAAAGUGGACUCUCAUUUGCAACAGAUCAAAUUAGGUGAUGCAAACAGAAGAAAGGUUAGCCAAUCUGCACAAGAUUCCAGAGAAAAUCUGCAGCUUGGAUUACAAAACAAGAUUUCUCUUCCUGAAUCGGGUAUAAAUUUUUCUAGUCAAAUCUUCCAAGAAGGUGUAAGAGAUCAUAAAGACAAGCAAACUGUGUUAGAGGCAGGAGAUACAUCCACAGCUGUGUUGGAAGAUCAGAUGUUUUGUAUUUCUAGUGUAUGUUCUCUUGUAGAAGGUGAUAAAUUUUAUAAUCCACAAAUAGCAGGCAUCUUCAGGUCAGCGUAUGAGACACGCGCAUCCGAAGGAAAUGGAUCUGAUGCAAGGGAAAAGGAACAACAUCUGGACUUGCAUAAAAAUAGGCUGACCAGUAACACUCCCCAGAAAGAGAGCUUGCUGCUAAAGAUGUUGGGAGAGCCAUCAAGCUGCACAAGUAAAGCAGAUAAGAUUUUGCAUGGUAGCACAAUGAGUCAUUUGGGGAAAGAAAGCAGUGGCAAUCCUCUUAAGGUAUUUUCUACCUCAGAACAAAACGUAUUAUGUGAGGCAUCUUUCAAGCAUCCUGAAAAUUGCUUAGAAAAUCUUCCCAAUAUAAACCCGAAGUUAGCUCAAAAUUCCCUGGAUUCCUCUAUCAGCAUAACUGCUGGAACAAAGGCAUCCACUGUUCCAGGAGACAACAGUAAACAAAAUUUCAUGCCCACUAAAAAUAGCACAGAAGAGAUAAACUCUUUUGGAGGAAAACCGUGUAAAUACCUAAGCAAUCAGCUGGCUAAACUAGUGAAAGAGUUUCCAUAUGGCAUUGAAAGUGCUGAUAUGCUAAGAAAAGAACCAGCACAAAGUCAUUCUGGGGCUGAAGGGAUGGAGAAUCAACCUCAAAAAAAGAUUAAAAUAUGUGACAAGAAUUCUAAUUUGAAGGACCCAGUAAAUCAGAUAAAAAUUGCAGUGUUAAGCUCUGAUCAGGUUCAAGAACUUUUUCCUGAACACAAACAGUGUCCCUCUGGUGACAACAAGAGAGCAGUGAGUCAACAGUCAGAAAAAGCUUCAGCUGAGGAGAACCCUGAAGGCAGUGUUCAACCUACUCAGUGUAUGUGUGAGAAAGAAAAAAAAACACAAGAAAAUUCCAACCCCAGUGAAAAAAACGAAGAUUGUUCAUUAACGGGUUGUGUAUCUGUAGGAUGUAAAAUGCCACAUUGUCCCAGUAAAUCAGGAACAUCUGGUUCAGAGAAAAAUGAUUAUCAACUUUCAAAAGCUGAAAAUUGUACCUCUGCAGAGAGACAAGAAAACAACAGUAAAUCUGAUGCCCUAACAAAGAAAAACUGUGCAGUUGGAACCCAGACAAUUUCUGAAGAAAUCCCAAACAGUAUUAGCGAAAAUAAAGAAGAUAUUUGCAAAUACACCUCUGCAAUGAACAAAAAUCCUGGGCUGAACAUGAAUGAUGAACAUACACUGCCUACAGUAAAACAGGAAAAUACUGGACCACGUAAUUGUUUUGAAAACCAAGAUGCUGAUAAAUAUGAAAGCAGCAGCUGUAAAGAAGAGCUGCAGACUGACAAAGGAACCCCACUGCCUAGCAAAGAAUUUCAUUCUGACAAAAAAGAACAUCAGACAGUCUCAGAAGAAUUGCUGGAGAAACCUAGUCACACACAUGCAGACAACAUGACAAAGUCAUCUGGAAAGAAAGAGAGAGUUUUCAAAACUGAGUUAUUUUCAAAAGAUAAACCAGGUUUGACUGUGAAAUCCAAAACUCACAUUCACAAAAUUAAUAAGUCAGAAACUGUAGAAAUUAAGCACUCUGAAGUCAAUCAAGGGCAAAAUAUUAAAACUUGUGAAGAGAACUCAGCUGAAAGACAGAACUGUAGUAAAGAAAAGGAGAUGCUUGGGCAAGAUGUAGGAAUUAAUGUCAAAGAGAAAGGUAAACUACCAGCAGAAAUAAAACAUAAAAAGCUGAAUAGUUACCGAGCUGAUGCUGUAAAGUUCUCAAAUUUUGGCGCUGUAGACUUUAAGUCAAAAAACGCAAAAUACUCUCCACAUAAAUCUGUUAAAGUUCAUCCUUCGCAGGAGCAGGCGUACAAACGGAAGAUGAAGGAAAACCUGAUGGGGAAGAGAGAACUUAAAAAAGCAAAGGUGGAAGAGGAAAGACUAAAACAAUCUGAAGCAAAGAAUUUUAAGCAGGUUGCACAUAGUUGCGUGAUAAAUUCUGAUAGAGCUAAAAAAUUGAAUGGAGAAAAUGUCUGGAAACCAAAGAGUUCCUUAGCAGAUCACUCUGUGCUUAAAUUACAGAGAAAAAGGGCUCUAUCUUCUACCAUGUCUAAAAACUACUUUUCUAACAAAGAAAGACGUCUCGAUGGUCAAAACAAAGACAAGUGCUCUGAGAAAAUGUUUCCUGAUAAAAACCUGCUAUACAUAAACAGAAGAAAUAACAGACUGAAGUUGCAUCUUCAAAAGGAGCCAAAAAAACACUACCUGAACAGGGUUGCAUUUAAACGUACAGCACAGGAACGCAUCUAUCUGACAAAAUUAGAGACAUCACCUGUCAGACCCGUCUGGCACAGGAAAAGCAAAGUGUCACAAAACACUGAUUCGAAAAAAGAUGCGCCUGCCCCAGCAGUCGAGAAACCAUGCAAGCAGGAAGUACUUGAAUUUAAGCUGUGUCCAGAGAUACUGUUCAGAAAUUCAACCACUGGUGAAGAAAGCUUAGCUGUGAAGAAUUCCCUGGAAAGAGAUAAAGUCGUCGUAGCAGGUGUCAAGAGUAAAAAAGAAGAUUGGUUAAAAUGUGAACCACUGAAGCAAAAGAAACUGGAAGAGAUCUCUAAAGCUGAGGACAGUAUUCCACUUGAUACAGCUUUACAGAUCCUGGAUGGAGAUGGAGAGACUCUUCACAUUCCAAGCAAGGACUCAAAAGAGAUGUUUCAGACCUACAGGAAAAUGUAUCUGGAAAAAAAGAUGCAAAAGCCUUGAUAGCAGUCCUGUAUCAGAGGUCUUAUUCAGUAUCACUGAGAAAAAAAUGCCAACACUAAGAUGCUUUUUUUCAGUUUACUUCAUAUUUCUGAAUAAUUGUAAAAAACCACAGCUUUUGG